AUUUAACGGAAACUUGAAAAUGUCCCUUGUUAAGAAAACAGCGUGAUGCUUUUCCCGCGUCUUUGCAACCUAUUUACAAUUAGUUUACAAACAUUAACAUUCAUAAUAAUAUAAAAUCAGUGAUAGAAUUACUUGGUGUGAAAAAAUAUAAAAAAGUGUCAUAAUGUACAUAAAAUCAAUGGUAUUGGAAGGUUUUAAAUCCUAUGGAAAACGUAUAGAAAUCACAGGUUUUGACAGAGAAUUCAAUGCAAUUACUGGUUUAAAUGGUAGUGGUAAAUCUAAUAUUUUGGAUGGAAUAUGCUUUGUUUUAGGAAUAACAAAUUUGUCACAGGUUCGUGCAAGUUCUUUACAAGAACUUGUUUACAAAUCUGGUCAAGCCGGUAUAAAAAAGGCCAGUGUGACAAUAACAUUUGACAAUCGUAAUCGUGAUGUUUCUCCAUUGGGUUACGAGCAUUAUGAGGAAAUUACAAUUACACGUCAAGUAAUUAUAGGUGGAAAAAAUAAAUACAUGAUUAAUGGCUCUAAUGUACCAAAUAAACGUGUACAAGAUUUAUUUUGUUCCGUUCAAUUAAAUGUGAAUAAUCCACAUUUUUUAAUCAUGCAAGGUAGAAUUACCAAAGUUUUAAAUAUGAAACCAAUGGAAAUUCUCUCAAUGAUUGAAGAAGCUGCGGGAACACGAAUGUACGAAACAAAGAAACAGAUUGCUCUAAAAACAAUUGAAAAGAAGGACAGUAAAUUAUCUGAAAUUGAAAAUAUUCUUAAAGAAGAGAUUGGUCCAAAAUUAGAGAAGCUCAAACAAGAAAGAAUGCAAUUUGUCGAAUUUCAACGUGUUGAAAGAGAAUUGGAACAUUGUCGAAGAAUUUAUGUUGCGUGGAGAUAUCAAAAAGCUUUACAAGACAGUGAAAAUGCAAAUGAAAAUGUUUUAAAAGUCAAAAAAGAUUUGGAAAACAAACAAAAGAGCAUAAAGGAUGGUGAAGAAGAAGUAAAAAGAAUCGAGAUUGAAGUUGUUGUCUUGCAGAAAAAAAGAGAUGAAGACAAGGGACUUCAUCUCGAAACAUUGGAAUCGAAUCUAAAAGAAGUGGAAAAGAAAGAAUUGAAAUUAGCAGCCGAAGUUAAUGGUAAUAAAGAAAAUAUUAAAACGGAAACAAAAGCAUUAGAACAAUUAAAAUCGAAUAUUUCCGAUGAUGAAAAUAUGUUAACAACAAAGGAAAAGCAACUUGAAAAAGUUGGUGGACUCUUUCAACAAUUAAAAGAAAAAGAUCAAAGAGAUUCUGAUGCAUUUCUUGCCGCUCAAGAAACAUAUCAAAAAAUAAGUUCUGGUUUAUUGGAGAAUGAUACAGGUGAAAAUGCAACAUUGGAACAACAAUUAAUUAAUGCUAAACAAACAGCAACACAAGCACAAACUGAGGUUAAACAAUGUGAAAUGACACUUUCUCAUAGUAAACAACAAUUGACUAAAAAACAAAAUGACAUGCGAAAUACUGAAAGUGAUUAUAAAAAAGAUAGUAAAAAAUUGGCAGAUGUUGAACAAAAUUUACAAAAAUUGGAAAAUGAAUUAAAAAAUGUAAAUUAUACUGAGGGUUCAUUGGAGGGUUAUCAGGAAGGAAGAAAAGCGUUGCAGAGAGAUAUAAGAAAUUUACAGGAUAAAAUUGAUGAUUUUGAAUCGAGACAUCAUCAAGUUCGUUUUAAUUAUCGAGAUCCUGAGCCAAAUUUUCGAAGAGAAUCUGUGAAAGGUUUAGUCUGUCAUCUUAUCAGUUUACGUGAUCAUAGAAGUGCUUAUGCUUUAGACGUUGCAGCUGGUGGAAAGCUUUACAAUGUCAUUGUCGAUACGGAAAAUACGAGUAAAAAACUUUUGCAACGCGGUCAACUUCAACAACGUGUGACAAUUAUUCCUCUAAAUAAAAUCAGUGGACGUGUAAUGGACAAAAGAAUAGUGGAUUUAGCACAAAAAUUAGUGGGACGAGAAAAUGUUCAACCGGCAUUGAAUCUCAUUGAUUUCCCAGAGGAGACAAGACCAGCGAUGAAUUGGAUUUUUGGUCAAAUUUUCAUUUGCAAAGAUAUGGAAACUGCAAGAAAAAUUGCAUUUCACGAUAGUAUUAUGAAAAAAUGUGUGACACUCGAAGGCGAUGUUUUUGAUCCGUCCGGUACACUUUCUGGUGGUGCUCGGGCAAAGGGCGGUUCAAUUCUUCUUAAAUUAGAAGAAUUAAAAGUUUUUCAAAACGAAUUGAAUCAAAAGAAUGACGAGUUACGUGAAAUUGAAUUAAAUAUUGCAAAUAUUGGACAGAAUGCACAAAAGUACACAAUGUUGAAACAAACAUAUGAUCUCAAACUUCAUGAAGUAGAAAUGGUCCGCAUGAGAAUUCAACAAACCACACAUCAUCAAAUUAAAGAAGAGGUUGAAGCUUUACAAGCAUCAAUUCAGGAACUUACACAAAAAAUGGCAGAGGCGAAAGAAACCGAGAAAAUUAGUUCAAAAAAGGCGAAAGAUCUUGAGGUACAAUUAAAAGACUCGGCAAAUAUACGUGAGCGUCAAUUGAAGGAGGCUGAGAAGAAGUUGGAAAUUUUGAGAAAAAAAUCAGAGGAGAGUAGAAAAGAAUGGCAGAAACGUGAACAGGAAUCGGAAAUGUUAAAUUUAGAAUUGUCUGAAUUAAAGAAGACAAUUGAUAGUGGAAAAGAGCAACUUGAAAAAGCAGAGGCAAAAUUAGUUGAGCUUAAAGAAAAGGAAUCUACAUUAAAAGAUGAAUUAAAAACAGUAAAAGAAGAAGUUGCUGAAGUACAAAAGGAAUUGAAGAAACAAAAAGAUAUCAUAAAUCAAAAGAGUAAAGAAAUACAAAAAAUGUUAAACAAAAAGGAGGAACUUAUAAAACAAGCUAGUGACACGGAAUUAGAAAUAAAGAAACUUAAUCAUGAAAUUAGUGCAAUUAAAAAUAAUGCCAAUGAAUGUAAAAAUAAAGUUGCUGAUCUAAUGAGAAAAUACGAAUGGAUCGAGCAGGAUAAAGCCUAUUUUGGAGAACCUGGAGGAAUGUACGACUUUAGUGUAAACGAUCCUGAGAAAAUGGGACAAAAAAUGCAUCAAUUAGAAUCGCAACGUGAUCGAUUGAGUAGAAAUGUAAACACAAGAGCAAUGAAUCUUUUAAAUAAAGAAGAGGAACAAUAUAAAGUGAUGUUGGACAAAAAGAAAAUCGUUGAGAACGAUAAGAGAAAAAUUUUAGAAACAAUUAAACAUUUGGACGAAAAGAAAAAAGAGACUAUUCUUCAAGCAUGGGAACAGGUGAACAAAGAUUUUGGAUCGAUAUUCAGUACAUUGUUACCAGGAACAAGUGCAAAAUUACAACCACCGGAAAGUAAAACAGUUUUGGAUGGUUUAGAGGUAAAAAUUGCUUUUUCAGGUGUUUGGAAAGAAUCGUUGGGUGAACUUUCUGGUGGUCAAAAAUCGUUAGUGGCACUUUCAUUAAUUUUAGCGAUGCUUUUAUUUAAACCUGCACCUUUAUAUAUUUUGGAUGAAGUUGAUGCAGCAUUGGAUCUUUCACAUACUGAGAAUAUUGGAACAAUGCUUAAAAGACAUUUUAAACAUUCACAAUUUGUUUUAGUCUCCUUAAAAGAUGGUAUGUUUAAUAAUGCAAAUGUUCUUUUUACAACGAAAUUUGUUGACGGUAUGUCAACUAUCACGAGAACUGAGCGAUCAUCAUCGAAAUAGAUUUAAAAAAACAAUUCUUUUUUUUAGAAAAAAAAAAUCAAUUAUAAUAUAAAUUAAGAUAUUGUUAAAAAAAAAGUUUAUUAUUAAAAUAGUUUAUAAUUACAAAUCUAAAUGAAUAAAUUUUUACAAAUACAAA